CCGCGCACGGAGAGCACCGUGCGGAAUAAAGUCAAAACUCCGGUCGUUUUGUGUGCAUACAGCGAAGAAACGAAAAAAAAGAGAGAGAGAGAGAGAGAGAAAGAGAGAAAACUUCCCAGCAGAAGUUGCCGUCAUGGAGCCACAUUCACUAACACUCGCGGUUAGCUGAGGAGGUUCUGUGCAGUUCUGCCACAUUUCGGUACCGAUGGUUAUAUAAAUGCAGUGACGAAGAAAAGGAGCGAGAAGCGACCGAGGAAUUAGUGUUUUUGUCGGGCUCAUAACGUCAGUGUGGCGGUAGUUCAGAGGCGGUGUGCUGCUGCUGCUGCUACGGUCGCGUAGCUGCUGCGAGGGAGCAUCACAACUUCGACCCACAGUGGAGUGGUUUUAUUUUUUAUUUUUUAAAGGAAGAGUCUCGUCGGUCUUCCGCGCCCCUUCGGCUUGUUGCUGCUAAAGUUGCCCGGCGGUAAGGUGCAGCCACGCCGGGGGAAGGCACAGCGCGACGGCCGCUACUCUCCGGCUAGCUCGCCUGCUGCUUGUUUCUUGGAUCGAGGCCUUGUCGGUGAGGCGACAAUGCUUGACAUAAUGUCCGAGCACCAAGAUUCACUGUUGACGUGCAAAACGGAAUCUCUGCCCCCAGAGAGAAAAAAGAGGACUGUAGAGGACUUCAACAAGUUCUGCAGCUUUGUCCUGGCGUAUGCGGGCUACAUCCCCAGUCCAAAAGAGGAAAGUUCAUGGUCCCCAACAUCCUCCAGCUCUGCACACAGUUCAGGGUUGUCAGCCGACGGAGGCGGCGGUGGCAGCAGCUCCACGGGCAACACUUGGCCAGACGGGAGCUCCGACAUCCACACCAUCCAUACGUUUGUCCGCAAAGCUCGAGCCAAUAAGGGCAAAGGUAUUCGCCGCAUGCACUCUGAUAGCACUCUGCUGGACAAGAUGCGCCUUAAAGACUCUUUGUAUGAGAGCCAGGCCAGCACUAAGGCGGAGCGCAAGAAGGACAAAAAACUUAAAAAGUUGUCUCUGGGCUCGGCUAUGACGGCGGCAGACAGUGGCAGCAGCGAAGGCGAGAAAAGAGCACGCAUUAAACGCAGCAAAAACUCAAAACAGCCAAAACCCAAGAAGCUCAAAAGUUCCACGGCUCAAAGCGAGACAGACUCUGAGGCACGGCAUACACAUUCAGAGGUACGACCCAUCAGAGAGGAGCUGACGGUGCACGGGGGCUCCACCCCGAGCAUGCAGGGCCUGGCGAAGAUGCAGGCAGACGAGUCCAUGAGGGAAGCAGAGAUGAGCUCCAGUGAGGGUGAGACCUGGAUCGCCGAUGAAGACAUUAUGGUGGAGUCAGGCGACGACUCGUGGGACUUGAUCACCUGUUACUGUGGGAAGCCAUUCGCGGGGCGGCCGAUGAUCGAGUGCAACCAGUGCGGCAUUUGGGUGCACUUGUCGUGUGCGAAGAUCAAGAAAUCCAACGUUCCCGACAUCUUUUACUGCCACAAGUGCAGGGACGUGCGGCGGUCAGGACACAAAAAGGACCCCUAGAGAUGAAGAGGACUGGAGGGACGCGGAGCACCCACCCUGUUUUUGCUGUCCUCUGACACUUGUUUUCUUUGAUGCCUACAGCCAAAACAGCCUAAAUUAUCACCUGGAUGGCAACUGUAUUGUCACUUUGUAGGAUUUCUUUUGACAAUCACAACCAUUCUUAUUUAUCCCUCACUUUUAUUUUUUUCUUACUUUUUUUUUGGCUACUGUGAAGAACUGGACAGAAGGCGACAGUGACAGUGGAGAAUCAUUUAUUUGUUACUAAUUAAUUCCUCUAUUAAUUGGCUUUAUUGAUUUAUACUGUGCUGGUGAUGUGGACAUCGAUUUUCACUCUUAGUCUCAUAUUCACUGACGGUGCAUUUUGACUUUAUUUCUUGAGGAUGUCGACAACAAAAAUCAGUGAAAAUUUCCUUUAGCGUCUCAAGGAGUACCAUUUUCAGUUUGAUAGCCAUUUCCUCUCAACUUUUAAAUCAACGCAAGUUUUACACAUUGGCAAACAAUUUAUAGCUUAAGAGAUGGAAAAUGUCACUCCUGUUUGUUUAGAAGUAUGUGAUAAAGGUGGGCAGCUCAUUUUAUUUUUGAUCGUAUUUUGGCGAUUUUAUUUUUGAGUUUGCGUUUUUGUUUCGGUCGUCAGUGAUAAUCACUGAACUUUAAAAUGUAGAGAUCUCACUCUUCUAGAAUAAGUGAUCUUUGAAUUCAUACAAUCUGUUUAAAAUUUACUAUUUUGCAUCUGAAAUUGCAUCUAAAUUGCUACAUUUCAAAUUGCACACAGACAAUUCUUUCGACAGUGCACUUUUUAAGAAAAAAAUAUGAACCCAAAUACCGUUUCUACUGCAUAUAUGUGUAUUUGGAAUAUGAUGAGCUACGGCUGAUUUAAAAACUGUACUUAGCAUGUAGCUGUGUACAUUCACGAUUGAGCGCUUAAUGUUUCUCCCUGUCUGGCUUGUUAAUCAUUGAUAGCCAUUUACCAUGAACAACAUUUACAUUGACAAUUGUUCAAUUUUGAUGUUUUUGUUUCAUGUGUGUUAUUUUUUGUUUUUUUGUUUUUCAUGUUAAAAACUCAAAUGAUAUGAGGGGGUAAUGUUGCUGUAAAACGAAUGGUUUGGCAGUGCUUUACAAUAUCAAAGUGGCUCUGAGGCUUGUUUAUGAAUGGUUGUAAAAUAUUUGUUUUUCUGUUUCAUGUGAUUGUUUAUUUCUUAGCUUUCUGAGAAGCGGGUUUAGAGGUGCGCCCGCAUCAGAGAAUGGACAUAAGAUUGUCUCACAUCGAGAACAAAAGUUGUAGUGUACAGAAAAUAUGUUGAUGCCGCUUAGGUUGUGGCAUUUGUUUAUGUUGUUUGGUUUUACCAUGUGCAUUUUCUUUUGUUGGUGGGAGUGUCUUGGUAAGUCUCCAGUAGCAGUUGCACUCUCUCUACAGCAUCAAUUCUGUGUACAUAUCCUGUUCUUUGACAACUGUACAUAUGUGAAAGUGAAGAGAGAAAAUACCCAAGCAAAAUCUAUAUUUUCUGCAGUCUGAUAUUGUUUUCUUUAAUUGUAGCUUGAAAAAUAAAAGUCUUUGGGAACAUAAA